AUGCAUAGUUCUACGGCAGCAAUGGGGGAGUUAACGGUGGUCCAGAGGAAAUCGCUCUCUUGGGGCUUACGGAUGUUGGGGUUCGUAGGUAUGGACGUGAAUCACCAAGGCACGUUCAGCGGAAUGCGGGCGAUUUUUGGCAGCAUUCUAAACGUAUCCCUUUUUUUCCUGACCAUUGUAGAGAUUUUGCACCAGACUAACAGGCUAAGAUCACUUCAAGGAAUGCUGGAGCCCUUAGCGGGCUGUUACCAGUGUAUCAUCAAGACUUUGUCUUUGGCUAUAGCUCGACGUCAACUGCGAGAGCUACUUCUUCAAAUCGGAAAGUUUAAAGAUACCUCAGCGUUGAGCGUUGAAUUACGCAAUCGCCUACAGAAUAUCCAAAACAAGGUUGACAGAUUCCUUAAGAUAUACAUCUGUACAUUAUCCGUGGCGUGCGCAACUUUCAUCGUACUUCCGUUGACGGAACAGAGCUUGCCUUUUCCGAUCAACAGCUUGGAAAUCUUCAAGGGAUUUCCACAGUACAAAAUUCUGUACGUCUUGGAAAGUUUUACCUUAGUUUUUCUUGCGCUUGUGGUGUUGGGAUGGGAUGUAAUGUUUUACUCCUUUGUCUCUUGCAUUUACUGCGAGUUCGAGGUGGUGAAGGAUGAAUUCAAAAACUUGGAGUGGAACGGGGAAGAGUUUCAGCAAAAGUUUAACGCCGCUAUCGACCAUCAUCAGGUUGUUUUGAGCUGUCUACCGAAUCUUAAUUCAAUUUGCGAAAUGACCUUACUCAACCAGUUCCUAACGAUAGCGGGGACGAUUUGCGCCUCUUUAUUUUUACUACGAUCAGAAGGAUUAGACAUCUCCCACAUGCUGCAGCAGCUAACAUCAUUAGCAGGAAUACUAUUCCAGUCAUACUUGGCAUGUUUCGCCGGUAGCUCUCUUUCCGACCAAAGCGAAUCCGUUGGGAUGGUAGUUUACAGCGCACCGUUUUGGAUAGAUGCUCCAGUUGAGGUGAAGAAAAUGAUCGUAAUGGUCAUACAGAGAUCCCAAAGGGACGAAGGCCUUGCCAUACGAGGAAUGGGAAAGGUAGAUAUGCAACUCUUCACGAAGAUCGCGAAGCUCGGCGUUUCUUGCCUUAACGCAAUGCUUGCACUGGACGCUGGCAAAAAAUAA